GUUGCACUCCCAGACAUUUGUAACUUUUCCAAAUCUUUUUUGGUCUGUUGAAAAAUUGACUUUUUAGCCUCAGGGGUUUGAAAAAUAACUUUAAAAUGUCAUAUUUCAAGAACCAUUCUUUAUAUGCUCUUUUUGAAAAAGAGCAAGACUUUCUUUUAGAAACUAUUAAGGACUGGAGGAAAAGUAUAAAAAGUGAGCGUGCUUUCCGACUGCUCAUAGAUUGCGAUGAAACUAUUCAAAGACUCUAUGGUGGCUUUCUACAUGAUUUUACGAGUGGAGGAGACUGGGGAAGUUCGUAUAAGUUCUUGGAAAACUUAUGUUUCACUUCAUCAAAGAAUAGAAUUGAAUUAGUUUUCGCUUUUCGGGGAGCUAUUGAUAAAUCUCAAUCCCUUUGGCGAAAAGUGAGACUUUUCAAUAGUGAGCUUGCAAAGAAUAAUAUAAUAUCCAUAGAAGAUAGUAGAAAGUUACCGACUAAGAAAUAUUGGGUCGCUCCUAAUUCCGCCCGAUUCUUUAUUCAAAGCAUGCUCCAACAUUUGAACCAAAUAGUAAUUGUAAGCGAAAAGGCCGAUAUACGGGAAAUGGUUAAGCUGUAUGCAAUUGAUGGAGUUGUUACUAAUGAUAUAUCAUUCUUCUUUUCCGCUACUUUUGACACGAAAUUAUAUCUUGGUUCUUCUUUAAAGUUAACUUUUUCGGGAACAAUGAGCAUGAAAGAAAUAAAACUAAAGAAGUUACUAGAAUGUUUGGAGCUAGAUGUAGAACGUCUACCAAUUCUUGGCAGUUUACUUGAAAAUCCCUAUAUUCUAAGAGAAGAAUUUUUUACUUUUUAUCUUGACCUAUUUAGUUUAAGAAAUCCUGACGAAUUAGAUUCGAUUGAUAACUUUGAACUUAUCGUUGGAGUUAGUGCUUUUGUUAAAAAGCUAAAAUCUCAUACUGACUUGGAGGGAAUUGCGAAAUGCGUUUUCAUCAACUAUAGCGAUUCAGAAAAAGAGGUUCUGUCUGCCAAGUUCAUUAAAUGUGCUAAAUAUUACGCUAAAUACCAUAAUCUAUCCAAUUUCACCUACGGAGAUGAAACCGAAGAGAGAGAAAAUACAAUAAUUAAGAAACAGAUAACGAGAUCUGUGGAUAGUCAAGUACAGAGAAAUGCUUUAAAAAUUGCAACAGACAGGUAUACGACAGGAUGUAUGCAUCCUUGGAUAUUGCAGAUUUUAAGCAAGAGAGAAAUUGAAAUCCCAAACAUUUGGAAUGUAGAUUGCUUUCGCAUGGGAUCAAACAUGAAUGACAUGUUUCGGCCGUUAAGAGCUAAAGCUUAUAAUAUUUUGUUACAGCAAUCUGGUACGGAAAACAGUAAACCGAAUAAAAUAUUGGUGAAAGAGUACUUCGUUGGCAGUGAAGGUGAAAUUAAGGAGUUUGACAUUGAGGUUAAGCCCAAAAAAGCUAAUUAUUUAUCUUUAUCUCAUUUGUGGUGGGGUAAAGAAAAUCAGCAUAAAAAGUUACGUGAAAUGGCUUUGCGAUAUUGCACACUUAAUAAUGAUGCCAAUAUAUUCGACCCUAAAGUCAUACCUGAGGAGCUGAUGACUUUAUGCUUACUGUUGCGAUAUCUUCUAAGUCAAAAGACUCGCGUGUUAACUUCAAAUGAAUUUGAUGCAAUCAUUGUUGCAGCAGUUGACAGUCGUUUAUCUGCUGGUACUGCGUUCGAAUUCAAUUCAUCAGAAUUUACUACUCGCUCUUCGUAUAUUGGACAAAUGCUAUCCUUAGGGAUUGAGCAUAUCCUGUUUCUCAACGAUGUGUGCGCUCAACCCUUACCUGCAAGCAGUUGUCAUCCUUGGAAAUUUUUGUACGGAAGAAUUCUUCAGCACAAGCUCUUCUUACUAAAUUCUGGCUGUAGUUUAGAGUUUGCGUUGGAAGAUGAUCGUAAUAAAUUGUCUUUAGUCAAAUCAUUAAGGAAUGCUAUACUUUGUGACCUAGAGAAGAACAACCCUUUUUUAUCUUGUCAAAGCAUUUCAAAAGAAAGAUCUGUUUCUGAAAUAGACAAAGGCAUUGAAAGCGACAGAAGCAACUACGAAAGUAUGUCGACAGAUUCAACGCAAUUCAUAAUCAACGUUAUCAAUAAUAUGCUUAGAUUUCUUCUUUAA